UAUAACCGUCAUUUCGCAGUUCUCCGAUUGUCCUCCAUUAUUUACUAGUGGACUUGUGUCUGGAUUCCAUCCUCGCAUAAUAGUUUCAUUUUGAUCUCUAAGGAACUGGGCAUUUCACUCACUUGACACAAGCUCAAAAUCACACAGAUUUGAGGAGCAAUGACAGACCCUUCUGGCUUUACCCCUAACACUGAUAAACGCCAGGAGUUCAGUAGUGGGGUACAGGAGAAUGAUUUUCUUGAGCCGGUUCGACCUUUGCAAAGUGGUGAAGGUUUGCCUUAUGCUCCUAUAAAUUGGCCAAAGCCUGGUGAUACUUGGGGUUGGAGGGUCGGAAAAAGAUUCAGCACUUCCGGGUACUUUUCUGAUAGAUUUUUGUAUCUUCCAAGUAGACUUCACAAGCCCAACGUUCCGAAACAGUUCGCAAGCAGGCUAUCAGUUGAACGUUAUAUUCAGUCUGAAUUCCCAGAUGCAGACAUUGAUGCAUUUUGGGCUUCAUUCAGUUGGAAGGUCCCUGCUCUGAAGAAUUCAGCUGGAGUGGAAGCUACCCCACUGAGUGCAGUGUAUGCUACCCCGCUGAGUGCAGUGUAUGCUACCUCAGCGAGUGCAGAGAAGGUUGAAGAAGGCAAAGAGAACCCUGUUACUUCAAAUAGAAAAAGGAAACAUACAGCUGCUGGAACAAUAGCCAAUCAGCGAAUUCGACGAUCUGUUAGACAGGCUACUAACAAUUCAAGUAGAGUAAAUAUAAAUGAAGGUGUAACAUCAAAUGCACCAAGAAAAGAUAUGAAGAGUACAGCUGACUUUGAGGAUGAUCAACCAGACAGUGGUUCAUUUGCUGGAAGCGAUUCACCAUCUGAAUGUAUGCCCGAGGACUUCAAUAGCUAUCUUGAUUCUUUGGUUGAAAAUCUUGCCCAUCCUGCAACCGUCCUCAACAAUAAGGCCAGGGCUAUUGCCCUCGAUAAAGAAAGGGAAAAAAUUACUCAGCGCCUUCAGGCAGAAAUAAAUUCCAACACAUCGGUCAUCAAAGGAAUUGAUAAUCAGAUUGCCCAGCUUCAAUCCCGGCGAGCAAAGGUAAUGGAGACAAUAGAGACUAAGAAGCAUUUAAUAGCUAAGUUAUCUAUUGAUGAGCGGAAGGUGGGCAAUGGCUAAAUGAUGAAUUAAGUUGAGUUAAACCUCUGAAAAGCCUGACUGAAAGCUGAAGAAAGGGAAUGCAGGCAGGGAGGCAAGAGAUGGAAAUCCUUGCUAAACUAGAUCCAGCUAACGUUUUUGCAACUUAGAUUGAGAUAUAGAUUAUGAUGAUGCUAUAGCUUUAUUGCAGCUGGAAAUUUUGAUUUCAUUGCUAUGCAUCCAUCUCGGUGUUAAAUUAUGUUGUACUUGAACUCUUCACUUUUAUGUAUAUAUGUACCAAACUGGCCUAACAUCAUAUUUUGAAUAUAGAUUGUUGUUGUGGUGUUUAUUGC